UGGCUGCUGUUGGCUUAGGUGUGAAUGAGCCCAGGAGAGGACAUUCUGCCACUGCUGGAGGAAUCCCCCAUUUCCAUGUCAUUCGUGUGGGCCCUGCUGUGAAAUGAAUCCAGCAAGGACUUGUUGGACGCUUCCUUCCUUCCCUUGUUGAAUACUCCAGAGCCAUUGUUCCCCUGUUGUUCCCAUUGGGUCCUGUCCUCCUCUUGCCAAGGCAAAUAGCCCAGUCUCAAGUAGGUGUCCCUAGGCUCAUCUGUCAGCCUGAACAUGAACAUAAGCAAAGCUGAUGACAGCCAGGGUUCCCAAGGGAUGUGGGGCCCUGCGGGGUCCAGCCCCCAGGAGCAAGACCUCUCAUGAUGUUGGUGUCUGGGAGUGAGCACCAUGCCCAUCACCCAGGACAAUGCCGUGCUGCACCUGCCCCUCCUCUACCAGUGGCUGCAGAACAGCCUGCAGGAGGGCGGGGACGGGCCGGAGCAGCGGCUCUGCCAGGCGGCCAUCCAGAAGCUGCAGGAGUACAUCCAGCUGAACUUUGCAGUGGACGAGAGUACAGUCCCCCCUGACCAUAGUCCCCCAGAAAUGGAGAUCUGUACUGUGUACCUCACCAAGGAGCUAGGGGACACAGAGACUGUGGGCCUUAGUUUUGGGAACAUCCCUGUUUUCGGGGACUAUGGCGAAAAGCGCAGAGGGGGCAAGAAGAGGAAAACCCACCAGGGCCCUGUGCUGGACGUGGGCUGCAUCUGGGUGACGGAGCUGAGGAAGAACAGCCCGGCGGGGAAGAGCGGGAAGGUCCGACUGAGGGAUGAGAUCCUCUCCCUGAACGGGCAGCUGAUGGUCGGAGUUGAUGUGAGCGGGGCCAGUUACCUGGCUGAGCAGUGCUGGAAUGGCGGCUUCAUCUACCUGAUCAUGCUGCGUCGCUUUAAGCAUAAAGCCCAUUGUACUUAUAAUGGCAACAGUGGCAACAGCUCUGAACCAGGAGAGACACCUACCUUGGAACUGGGUGACCAAACUGCGAAAAAGGGGAAAAGAACGAGAAAGUUUGCGGUCAUUUCCAGGCCUCCUACCAGCAAGGCCCCUGAAGAAUCCAAGGGCAACGCUGGCUGUGAGUCUGCCAGUGACCCCAGCGCUGAGCUGGAGAAUGGCCCAGACCCUGAACUUGGAAAUGGGCAUGCCUUUCAGCUAGAAAAUGGACCCCAUCUAGAGAGGUCAGAAGUGGCCAGAGGGACAGAACAUGGAAUUCCAAAGACAGAUGCUCCUCUGACCACAAGCAAUGACAAACAGCGCUUCUCAAAAGGUGGGAAGACGGACUUCCAGUCAAGUGACUGCCUGGCACGGGAGGAAGUUGGCCGGAUAUGGAAGAUGGAGCUGCUCAAAGAAUCGGAUGGGCUGGGAAUUCAGGUUAGUGGAGGCCGAGGAUCAAAGCGCUCACCUCACGCUAUCGUUGUCACUCAAGUGAAGGAAGGAGGUGCCGCUCACAGGGAUGGCAGAUUGUCCUUAGGAGAUGAGCUGCUGGUGAUCAAUGGUCACUUACUGGUCGGGCUCUCCCACGAGGAAGCUGUGGCCAUUCUGCGCUCAGCUACUGGGAUGGUGCAGCUGGUGGUGGCCAGCAAGGAAACCUCUGCAGAGGAACUCCUCAGGUUAACAUCUAAGAGUUUGCCCGAGCUGACCAGCUCCAUAGAGGACGUGUCCUCUUGGACCGACAAUGAGGACCAGGAGCCAGACGGAGAAGAGGAUGUAGGAACCGGCUCGUCUUCCCUCCAGGGAGCAAUGCCUGGGACAGAUGAGCCCCAAGAUUUACAUGGCACUGACGACUCCAAGGGGAAUGUGGAAAGUCCCAAACAGGGCAGCAGUAAAACAAAGCUCAAGAGUCGUCUCUCGGGGGGUGUACACCGCCUAGAAUCUGUUGAAGAAUAUAAUGAGCUGAUGGUGCGGAAUGGGGACCCCCGGGCCCGGAUGCUGGAGGUCUCCCGAGACGGCCGGAAGCACUCCCUGCCCCAGCUGCUGGACUCCUCCAGAGCAGCACAGGAAUACCACAUCGUGAAGAAGUCUACCCGCUCCUUAAGCACUACUCAGGUGGAAUCUCCUUGGAGACUCAUCCGGCCAUCCGUUAUCUCUAUCAUUGGGCUGUACAAAGAAAAAGGCAAGGGCCUUGGCUUUAGCAUUGCUGGAGGUCGAGACUGCAUUCGGGGACAGAUGGGAAUUUUUGUCAAGACCAUUUUCCCAAACGGAUCAGCUGCAGAGGAUGGAAGACUUAAAGAAGGGGAUGAAAUCCUAGAUGUGAAUGGAAUACCAAUAAAGGGCUUGACGUUUCAAGAAGCCAUUCAUACCUUUAAGCAAAUCCGGAGUGGAUUAUUUGUCUUAACAGUACGCACAAAGUUGCUGAGCCCCAGCCUCACGCCCUGCUCGACACCCACACACAUGAGCAGAUCCGGCUCCCCGAACUUCAACACCGGCAGGGGGACCUCAGCGGGCAGCUCCGAGGAGAGCGGUUCUUCAUCCCUGGGUCGGAAGGCCCCUGGGCCCAAGGACAGGAUUGUCAUGGAAGUAACACUUAACAAAGAGCCAAGAGUUGGAUUGGGCAUUGGUGCCUGCUGCUUGGCCCUAGAAAACAGUCCUCCAGGCAUCUACAUUCACAGCCUGGCCCCGGGAUCCGUGGCCAAGAUGGAGAGCAACCUGAGCCGCGGAGAUCAAAUCCUAGAAGUGAACUCCGUCAACGUUCGCCAUGCUGCUUUAAGCAAAGUCCACGCCAUCUUGAGCAAAUGCCCCCCAGGACCUGUUCGCCUUGUCAUUGGUCGGCACCCUAAUCCAAAGGUUUCCGAGCAGGAAAUGGAUGAAGUGAUAGCACGCAGCACUUAUCAGGAGAGCAAAGAGGCCAAUUCCUCUCCUGGCUUAGGUACCUCCUUGAAGAGUCCCUCUCUUGCAAAAAAGGACUCCCUUAUCUCUGAAUCUGAACUCUCCCAGUACUUUGCCCACGAUGUCCCCGGCCCCUUGUCAGACUUUGUGGUGGCCGGCUCUGAGGACGAGGAUCACCCGGGAAGUGGCUGCAGCACGUCAGAGGACAGCAGCCUGGCCCCCGGCCCCCCCACUCACAAAGAGCCAGGAAAAGCCAGGGCCAACAGCCUCGUGUGUCUGGGAAGCCCACGGGCCUCUGGGCUCUUCCACAAGCAGGUGACAGUUGCCAGACAAGCCAGUCUCCCCGGAAGCCCCCAGGUCCUCCGAAACCCUCUCCUCCGUCAGAGGAGGGUGGGCUGCUACGAUGCCAGUGAUGAGGAAGAGUUUGAUGGAGAAGGAGACUGCAUCUCACUCCCAGGGGCCCUUCCAGGUCGCAGCAGGCCUCUGACAGAGGAUGACUCCAGGCACGUCUUGACGACCCCUUCCAAGGUCAUGGAUGUCAACAACCAAGAGGAGCAACCUCGGAAAACACUGGUCAGCAAGGCCUGCUCAGCACCCGUCAUCGGCAGCUCAGUGGACCUAGAGGAGAGUGCCCCAGAGGAUAUGGUGGACACUCCUUCCCACACAGCCAAGCUGAUGGACUCCGCAGAGGCCCCCAAGGCGGGCGCUGGGGGCCUGUGGAAGAAGGAACUGUCAGGAUCGAGUAGUUUGCCCAAAUUGGAAUACAAAGCCCAUGUAGGCACCCAGAGUCCGAUGAGCACAGAGAGCCCCAGUUCCCCCCAGCAGAAGAGUGAAGGCCUAGGGUCUAAGCACAGACCAGUGGCCAGGGUCAGCCCCCACUGCAAGAGACCCGAGGCUGAGGCCAGGCCCAGCAGCUCAGGGACAGUCAACUUGACCGGCAGAGCCAGGGAACCAUGCAGUCUGGACUUGAAAAUCCAGGCCACGUCCAUCAAGGUGACCAUUCCUGGUUUUCAGCCAGGUGGAACCAUGGAGAAGGAAUCCCUGGGAAAGCUGACCACCGCAGAUGCUCGUGUCCCAACCAACAGUGGACCAGCCAGUGCUCUGUCCCACCCGGACACCGGCCACCUCACAGAGAACCUGUCCAAAGCUACACCAGAGCAGGGGCAACAACCUGUGACUGGACUGGACAGCUCCCCAGACCUCAUCCCUCCCCCAGGGAAGAAGGGGGCCGCACACCCUGACCCCAGCAAGACCUCGGUAGGCGCAGAGCAAGUCGUUCAGCCCGAGAACCCUGGCCAGCGGGUGUCACCCGGGGACUCCAAGUCCAAGGGUAGAUCGCCAGUCAGACUGGCCCGAGAGGGCAGCACGUCCCCAGGGGAGGAGGCAGCGGCCCCUCCUGGCUGCAGCAAGACUGCUUCAGAAGCCAGCUUGCCCCACAGCACCAGGAGUGUGGCUGCUCUCAGGGGAGCAGGACCUGGGACAGAGGGAGUCACACCAGCUAGUACCAUCCUGUCACGAGACCUCCUCACAUCCCAGGAAAAGAGACAGGGAGCUCCCAGUAACCACAGUGAGGCUUUGGAAACGACAGGAAUCCGUGCACCUGAAAACUCUGGGGAGUCUGCUCUGAUGGAGGGAACAGAUGCUGUGUCUACAAGGACACCGCAGGCCAGCCUCUCCCUGCCGCGAUCCACUGACACGACCAAAGGAGUGUGUGGCAGUGUCUCAGGGCACUGCUGCCCGGGGGGGAGUAGAGAGAGCCCUGUGACGGACAUCGACAAACUCAUCAGGGAACUGGAUGCUUCUGAGGCAAGGUCUCCAUCUUCCCAGAAAGGACAGCGUGGGAGUCCACAGGGCAGUUCUCAGGGCCACCCUCCAGCAGGAGCUGGAGACGGGAGUUCCCGCCAGGCUGAGCCUAUUGCGGUCACGGGGGGCCAGGUGUCCUCCCCGAGGAGGGCCCGGGCUGCGGGUCCCCUCCCUCAAGCACAGUGGGCCUCCCAGGCUUCGGUUUUGGAUUCAAUUAAUCCUGACAAACACUUUACUGUGAACAAAAACUUUCUGAGCAACUACUCUAGAAAUUUUAGCAGUUUUCAUGAAGACAGCACCUCCCUCUCGGGCCUGGGCGACAGCACAGAGCCAUCUCUCUCUUCCAUGUACGGCGAUGCUGAGGACUCGUCUUCUGACCCCGAGUCGCUCACUGAAGCCCCACGAGCUUCAGCCAGGGACAGCUGGUCGCCUCCUCCCUCCCAUGGCUCUUCGCACAAGCAAGAUGCCCCGGAGUCUGAGGAGGAGCAAAUCGAAAUCUGUUCCACGAGUGGCUGCCCCGAUCCGCCCUCGAGUCCUGCUCAUCCUCCCGCCCAGGCCGCCCCCUGCCCUGCCUCAGCCAAGGUUCUGCCACUGAAACACAGCGCUCUGAGCGAGCCGGUGCGGAGUCUGCGUGAGAGAGCCACCUUCUUGCCAGGAGCCCCGUGCACUUCGAUCCCGAACUCUUCCCCACCGUUUUCACUCUUGGAUACAAGCUCUCCGGAGCACGAAACUCACGUGGACAUAAGCAUUUCACAGAACCACAGGCCACAGGCCUUACGUGCAGAAGAAACAGUAGAUGACACCAGCGCUAGCUCAGCCGUGGAAAACAGUCCCCCUUCUAACAUCACGAGACAUCUCCACAAGCCCCCGGUCACUCUCAGCUGCCCUAACAUGGUAAAUGGUUUGGAACAUGACUUUCUGGGUGAUGAAACCCCACAUAAACGUGACACAAACAUUAAUGCCACUGAGCAUCCGUCCUCCUCAGGUGUGGAUGUCCCGAAGAUUGGAGAAUCUGUUUUUACAAACCUACACAUCUCUGAAAGCCUGGAUGACUUGCUACAGAAGCCAAAAGUGAUUGCCAGGAGGCCCAUCAUGGCCUGGUUUAAAGAAACAAACAAAAAUACGCAAGGCAUGCACGUGCAGGGCAAGGCUGAGAAGGAGCAAUCCACGACACCGGCCAGCAGUCCUGACUCCAAAACUCAGCUGUGGAGCUCAGGCCACACGAAGGGGGUCGCUGUGCUGCAGAGCCCUCCGCAGCCAAAAACGAACCUGGAAAAUAAAGACCCAUCUAAGAAAAGUCCAGUGGAAACGCUUCUGAGUAGCUGUCAGAAACCCAAGUGUGGCCCUAAGCUGAAGAGGCUUAGCAUCAAGAGCAAAGGCAGAGUCAGCACCGAGGCCCCCGCCACCAACGCUGCAAAGGCUGGGGGUCUGGACUACAGGAAGCCCCUCACUUCACCCCAGGCCUCCCACAAAAUGCUCUCUAAGGGAGCGUCACAGCAGUUCCACCUGGCUGACCACGAGGAACCCGACAAAAACGCCGCAGCCAGCCCCAGGUCUCCCCAGUGUGUGCUGGAGAGCAAGCCGCCCCCUGCUGCCUCUGGGUCACCGAAGCCCUUGGCGUCAGACAUGAGCAUCAGGACGUUCAUUUCACCUGUGACCUCCCCCAAGACCCUUCCUGAGCAGGCUGCAUGCAGUAGGUCCCACACGGCUGUCCACUCAGAACCUGACAGAGGCUGCCCAACUGCCCCCAGAUCUCCCAAGUGUGGACCAGAGGGCAGGGUGCCCCGUGCCGAUUCCGAGCUGGGGAGCCCAGCGGCACCCAGGAGCAGCGCGUCCACGGCAGGGAGCAGGCAGGGCGAGCAGCGUCCACCCAGCCACGCGGUGUCAGCGUCAGAUGCAGCCCAGCCCAGGCUGACCGGCGAGAAGGGAAGCAACACAAUUGCUAGUGAUGCCCUAGAAAGAACAAACCAGCUGAAAAUAGUUGAGAUUGCUUCUGAAAGUGUGCCAAAGAAUGCAUGUGGUGACAAGCCAGCUGAAUGUGACAGGCAGGGAGGGUCCUCGGCCCAGAGCCACUGCCAGGAGAAGAGUGAAAUCAGACUCUGUCACCAGUUAGUAGAAUCGUCCCCAAAUCAUCCAUCCUUACUCACCUCUCACGCCCCCCAGGGAGAGCAAGAAAUGCACCGAUCGUUCAGCAUGGCGAAACUGGCUUCCUCCUCCUCGCCCCAGCUGCCUGCUAAAAAGGCAGAUUCCUCCCAGGGAAAAUCCCGCCAGAUGUCAGACUCCCUAGGGAUGCCCAAGAAUGGCGUAGCAACAGGCCCUGCGGGGGAGGACCAUCCGUACUUCACACCAAGGCCAGCAACCAGGACCUACUCCAUGCCAGCCCAGUUCUUAAGCCACUUUGGACGGGAGGGUCAUUCUCCACACAGCCCUGCUCGCUCUCCUCGGGACAGUCAGCUGCCUGUGACGGGAGGUGGUCUCCCCGAGGCAAAGGCAUGCAAAGGUGGUAUUCUCGGCCUCGUUAAUGGACAGGGUGUGUAUAGUGUAAAGCCUCUACAGGAAACAUCGAGGAACCUUCCGGCAACAGAUGAAGGGGAUGUCAUUUCAGUCCAGGAGACGAGCUGCCUAGUCACAGACAAAAUCAAAGUCACCAGAAGACAUUACUGCUAUGAACAGAACUGGCCCCAUGAAUCUACCUCAUUUUUCUCUGUGAAGCAGCGGAUCAAGUCUUUUGAGAAUUUGGCCCACUCUGACAGGCCUACAGCCAAGUCUGGGGCAUCCCCUUUUCUGUCGGUGAGCUCCAAGCCUCCCAUUGGGAGACGGUCUUCUGGCAGCAUUGCUUCGGGGAGCCUCAGCCACGCCGUGGAUGCAGCGGUCAGGUCGCUGAGACGCAGCUUGAGUUCCUGCAGUGAAAGCCAGAGUGAAACCAGCGCCCUUCUCCCCCAGAUGACCAAGUCCCCAUCCAGCAUGACGCUGACCAUCUCCCGACAGCAUCUGCCAGAGACCAGUAACAAAGGCCCUGGUUGCGACCCAAAGAAAUCCCUUGGUCCUUCAGGAAUUCCCCCCGCAACAGUGACCCCAGCCUCUCCCAUCAAGAGGAACAAGUCCUCAGUGCGCCAUGCCCAGCCCUCGCCCGUGUCCCGCUCCAGGCUGCAGGAACUGAGAGCCUUGAGCAUGCCGGACCUCGACAAGCUCUGCAGCGAGGACUACUCGGCAGGGCCCAGCGCCAUGCUCUUCAAAACCGAGCUGGAGAUUGUCCCCAGGAGGUCGCCCAGCUCCCUGGCUGGAGGCCUUUCCUAUCCCGAGAAGGGUGGGAAAAGAGCCUGUCCAGGAGGAAGUGGCCCUAAAACCAGUGAGCCUGGAACACCCAGUCCAGCCAGUGAUACAGGCAAAACUGCCCAGGAUCUGCCUUCCGGAAAAAGCUGGUCAGUUAAUUUGGAUCGACUUCUAGCCUCGGCAGGGGAACAGCAAAGAUUACAGUCUGUUUUAUCGUCAGUGGGAUCAAAAUCUACUGUCCUAACCCUCAUUCAGGAAGCGAAAGCACAAUCAGAGAAUAAAGAAGAUGUUUGCUUCAUAGUGCUGACUAGAAAAGAAGGCUCAGUCCUGGGAUUCAGUGUGGCAGGAGGGGCAGACGUGGAGCCCAAACCAGUCAUGGUCCACAGGGUGUUUUCUCAGGGGGCGGCUUCUCAGGAAGGGACCAUGAGCCGAGGGGAUGUCCUUCUGUCAGUCAAUGGCACCUCAUUGGCUGGCUUAGCCCACGGGGAUGUCCAGAAGGUUCUGCACCAGGCACAGCUGCACAAAGAUGCCCUCGUGGUCAUCAGGAAAAGGACUGAUCAGCCCAGGCCCUCCACCAGGCAGGAGCCUCCCACGGCCAAUGGGAAGGGCUCACUGUCCAGAAAGAUCAUCCCCCUGGAGCCUGGCAUUGGGAGAAGCGUGGCUGUACAUGAUGCUCUGUGUGUUGAAGUGCUGAAGACCUCAGCUGGGCUGGGAUUGAGUCUGGAUGGAGGAAAAUCUUCGUCUGUGUCUGGAGACGGGCCCCUGGUCAUUAAAAGAGUGUACAAAGGUGGUGCAGCUGAACAAGCUGGAAUAAUAGAAGCUGGAGAUGAAAUUCUUGCUAUUAAUGGGAAACCCUUGGUUGGGCUCAUGCACUUCGAUGCCUGGAAUAUUAUGAAGUCUGUUCCAGAGGGACCUGUGCAGUUAGUAAUUAGAAAGCAUAGGAAUUCUUCGUAA